AUGAAUGUGUCUUCCACCUCCGAUAUUGAAAUAACCUUCUGGUGCACUUGGGCCUUGACAGUCACUCAUGAGGCAUGUGAAUAUACCGAACAGAAAUUCAUUGCCGAGAAAACAGGAGGAGACCCAGUCAUACCUUCUCCUAAGCUAGACACCGAUCUGGUGAUGGCUUUUCGGAUGCAGAUUGAUAUUGCGAGAUACAGCAAAAUGAUCUCCCCAAAGGACACUGGACAUAAUGAAGAAAGAGAGGCGAGGUUGCUUGAGAGGUGUCCUCCUGGCCAUGAAGGUACAAAGUUGGUCGACAUACCCGCCACAGUGCUCGAUGCUACCGGCACCAUCAUUGUGUGGUACCUCCCAGAUGCCCUGAUGGAAACCACCCAGAAGGAAAUUCUGGCAGCCUCUGAGUUGCUCAGUCCGAGCCUUGCAAAAAGUGUAAAGGUUGAUGGGAGUUGGCGGACUAAUCAGGAUUGGUUCAAACCAAGCUUGGAAAAUGAUGGCAUAUCUCCCGGAUGCAUCAAUCUAUCUCCAGCUUGGUUUCAACAGGGGCAUGAGAAUCUGUCAGACCCGGUGGUAUCUGCCUCAUUGAAGGGACCAUUCUCCGAGAAUAUUCUCAAAGCCAUUGCCAGGCCGGCAGCCAUCGCAUCAGCCGCACUCAGGGUGAUGCAUCCUGAGCAGUACUGGGCUGGGAUAUGA